UGUAAUAUCAUGGUGGGUGGAAACAUUAUUAUAUAUAUCAAUUACUAUCGUCUGUUUGCGCCAGGGAUUUUUUUCGAGUUUUCGUUUUUGCCAUUGACGUUUGUCUUUGAUUUCCACCCUCAGCACAUAUCAGUUGUUAAUUUACUAACCUUUGGCUUCAUCAUACGACUUUUGUUCCCAGAGGUUCUAGAGAGAGAAUCUAGACAGAGGAAGGGUGAGAGGUGGUAGGCACGGUGGACCACCGACGGACGGCGGCGGCUUACAACGCUGAAGACGGUCGUCAUCGUUUUCCUCGGUCACUUGAAACUAGAUCCACCAGCUGUGGCUUCUAGAACAAAGGCAACGUCAUACCAUUUCCCCCAAUUUCUUCUUCUUCUUCGCAACAAUUUGAUUCCAAAACUGAAAUCGAUCAUGGUGGAAACCAGACGGAGUUAAUCGUCAUCCAAACGCACGUUGUCGUCACCAUGCUCGUCUCCAAUUCCUACAGGAAAGCGAUCGAAGUGUUGAUGUUUGAUGUUUUGGUGAUCGGGCGGCGGAGGCGGUCGUCGACCACCGGAACGGAGCCGAUUGAGGCGGUGGUGAAGGAAUCAGGUGGAUGUGAGUCGCAGGAACAGGAGGUUAGAUCAUCUGGUCCGUGUAAGAAGGAGCCGGAUGCGUGUGAGGAGGUGACAGGUGUUGAUAUGCCGGAGAAGUCUCCGGUUUUGGAGGCGGAAGGUCAGCCGUUGGUGUCGCCGAUGUCGUUAGGGAAUUCGUUGAUUGAUGUUGAGAAGAAAACAAAGGCUAACGGUGGUUCGACUGGGUUGAAUCGUGGGAAGAAACAACAGUUGAAGGCUAACAUUGGGGUUGCUUGGGGAAAGCUCCUUUCUCAGUGCCCUCAGAAUCCUCAUAUUGUUAUGGAACAUGAAAUUUUCACUGUUGGUCAAGGUCACCAAUGUGACUUGUGGAUCAGCGAUAAAUCCCAAGGAGGUGCAUCAAUUACUUUACUUGAAAUUACUGGUGGCAAGGGUGCGAUUUAAGUCAAUGGCAAGAUUUGCACUAAAAGGUCAACUUUGUCCCUUAGAGCUGGAGAUGAAGUCGUUUUCAGCUCUGCAGGAAGACAUGCUUACGUAUCCUUCAAGAUGGUGUUUUUAAUAGUUUAUUUAAAAUAUAGAGGUGCAACUUCUAACUAAUUUUGUUACAGGCUGUUUUUAGAUCCCAAAUGGCCUAUUACGACGACUUUAUUUUGUAACUUUUCUCUUUCGAUUGCUAUAUCGAAUCAAAAAUCGGGUUGCCCCGCCGCGAAGCGCGGGUGUAACCCCUAGUUUUAAUUAAAACACCCAAACAAACUACCUUGGCAGUUCUGGUCGCAAGAAGGGGGGCUGCCCUCUUUUAUUUAUAUAUAUAUAUUUUUUUUUUCAACAUACAUUUAUUUGAUAUAAUAUAAUGAAUACUAGCCUAAAGUGAUAUUA